CAUCGUCACGUCUGCGAACAACCCUGGCUUGAUGGCCUGAUUACAUGUCCGAUUAUCUUGUAAACAUAAAUGAGCAUAUUUGAUUUGUUCCGUGGUUUUUUCGGGGUUCCCGGUGGCCGCUACAGUGGAUCUGGCCGAAGAUUCCGUCUAUUAUCAAUACAAAAAGUCGAGAAUUAUUAGCUAAGAAGGCAUGUCCGUAUGACUGGAAAGCAGCUUCGCCGUGACGACGGAUCCAUUCUUUGAUGGCUUGACCCAUGAUGAUGAUGACGAUGAAGAUGAGGGUGAUGACUUUGGCAGUGCCUCUGAGGCUAGGCAGCACGAUCCCUUUGAUGAUGCCCUGAGGUUUGGGUUCAGUUUUGGCCCAUCAGGAUUUCGCAUGGAGGAGCCUCAGGUGUUUGGCCAAGUUUUGCAGGAGAUGGAGGAGGUCUUCUCCUUUCUGAACACGUGGGAUCGCCAGCCAGGCUUCCGGCAUUUUGGUGUGCCUCAGAUUGAGGCCCCGCCUCCCGAGGACAACAUGGAGCACAGUGGCAGAGGAGGGAAACCUGGCUCCCUUAGAGACUUUAUGCUGAAAUCACCUUACCAACCUGCAACUCCACCCACCGAUCCGCCCCCUUCACGCCAUUGGAUGCCCUUCUCCAAGUUUAAUGACCUGUGGAGUGGAAGACAAAAGAAAGAAGAGGAAACGGAUACAGUCCGGGAGGACAGAGACUUGGACUCGCAGGUCUCCACAAAGGGUCUGGAAGAAAUCUUGAGUCCCUCUCCCACUCCGUCUCAGCCCACAGUCAGAUCUUUCUCGCAGUCCGUUAUGAUCACGAAGGUUGUGACACCGGAUGGGGCGGUGGAGGAGAGGCGUACAGUGAGAGACAGCCAUGGGAAUGAGGAGACCACAAUCACACGCUCAAGAGGUCCACAGAGUCAUCAGGAGCCGACAGAGCCCGGCGUCUUACCUCCAUCAGAUGGACUCCGGGAUGCAUCUUCCAUUUUCUCCAAGUUUUUCGGGGGGUUCGGAGGCUGACUAAAAGCUGGUACCUAAAAUUGUCCAUCUCCUGAAGUAAUUGUAUGCGGCUGUAGUACUGGGGUGGGUAAGGGUGGACCCUCAACCCAGUAGUGCACGUCUGUUGUAUAAAACUAUUUAAUUUAUUUUAUGAACAUGAAAAUGAACAGGGCAUAAAAUCAUCAGACAAUCAGAAUCAUAAGAGAUUAUUAAAUCUGUUUACUGCGGUAUCAGCCUAAAUCACUGUUCAGCAAGCACGCUUUCCCUGUACCAGCUUGCCAACAAUUCAGGCACCUCUUGUGGAAGGAUGUAGCCAAAAUGUUCUGAUUAGUAUUAGAUUUGAAUAAACAAGAUCAUCGUGAAACAUCAAA